GUGGGCGUGUGUGUGGGUGUGCGCGUCUCUGCUAUGAAGAUACUACAGAAAAAGAUAUGUAAUAUAUGUACAAUGAGCUAUGGCAUUACAAUUUCAUUUAAUGCCAACCAUAUGGCGAUCCUGAAUACAACAGCAAGAUUAUAAGAGGCUGAAAAUGGCAGUAUAUUUUUUAUUUAUCUUAUUUUUUUUAUCUUAACUUUUUCUUUCAAUAAAUCUAGCGGAGCCCUAGUUAGGAGUUAUUGUUCUAAUACUUUAGAUACCUUCUUGUUAAUGUUAUUAAUGCAUUACGUUCUUUAUAAAAUUUACCUCUUUUAUAGACACCCAGAUCUUUGUAAUAUGCAUGAAUAGUUAUAUUCAUAUUAAGUGAAAAUAGAUAAAGUAGCAGGACUAUGCCACUCGAAAAUUAUAUUAUCCAUACAUCUGUGAAACUGAUUGACUUGAAGAAAUUUGUGUAUGAUAGGCAAAACAAGUGAGAUAAUUAUCUGAGAAUCAAGAAUGCAAGACACAAGCAACGAAGGUCGAAUAGCUCGCAGCAACGAAAGCAAACGUGGAUCCGAAGAAGGUAUACUAAAAAACUGCGAUAAACAUGAGGACAAAGAAGCAAUACCUGAUAAUGACAAUGAAACACAAGGAACAAACGAGAUCGACGAGGGCACCCAAGGCAAGCACCAUCAGGCUCAUAUCACAGAAAAUACACAAAGCUUUUCUGAAACUUUAGAACCACAAGAGUCAAGGAACACACAAAGCUCUGGCCUGGAGGAAGGACCCACCACAGCGGAAGCAGCAUCUCAGAGUACAAUGAAGCCGCCUGACGGAGGCUGGGGUUGGUUCGUUGCCUUAGGCAGUUUCAUCACUACGGCACUCAUGUUCUCGCUGCCUGUGGGUUUCGGCAUCCUCUUCUCCCGCUUUCUGAUGGACCUCGGGACGUCCUCCACCACCACCGCCUGGAUAUUCAACCUGCAAAUGUUCUUCUGGCAUGUGGUGGGCCCCUUCGUCAGGCCCCUCACCCGGGAAUUCGGCUGGAGGAGAUCCGGGUUCUUCGGGGUGAUGCUCAUCUCCUCCUCCAUCAUGCUCUCCGCCUUCGCCCCGUCGGCAGAGUUCCUCUUCUUCUCGUUCUCUCUUCUGAGUGGAAUAGGAGGAGGUCUGGCUGGCACCAUAUGUUUCCUGAUUGUACCUACCUACUUUGAGCGACGGCGAGGGAUAGCAAAUACAAUGCUUACUUCAGGCAUAUGCAUGGGGCAGAUCAUGGGAGCUCCAUUCAUCCGCUAUCUACAAGACGAAUACGCUUUCACGGGCGCUGCCUUGAUAUACGGUGCCAUCUUACUGAACUGUUUGGUUGGAGUUUCCCUCUUUCACCCUCUUAAAUGGCACUUGAAGGAAACGAAUGUCACGGAAAACGUUGCUCCGUUGGACGGCUCUCUGCCUCUUAUAUCCAGUGCAGAGAAGACAGAGGAAAAGUCAGUUCAAAAGGUCUUGACGGAGGACAUGAAAACUCAGGCAAGGAUGGUCAGAGCAAGGAUGCUGGCGCGAAUCAGCGAGUCGUCUUGUACUUCCCACACUUCAAGAGGUUCGGAAACGUCGGUGAUGUACGUGUCCAUGACCGGGAUUAUCGACGUAGUCGAUUUUUCCAUGCAGAAUGAGGCGAAAGAGAGAUCCUCUAGUUUGUGGGAAAUCUUAAAGCGUGUCUGUCUUUCAACGUUUUCCGACCUGCGCAUACUCCGCUCACGAAGGGCAUUAAUCAUUAAUACAGGAAUAGCUUUAUGUAUUAACAGCUACAUCAACUUCAUCAUGAUGGUCCCGUUUAAGAUGCAACAAGCUGGCUUCACCCUGCAGGAUUCGGCUUGGUGUGUAUCGAUCUUGGGCAUUUGCAACUUUGCGACCCGACUGAUCAUUUCUCCACUCGCAGACUGGUCAAAGUUUAACAUGCGCCUAUGUUUCAUGAUCGGCUAUGCUAUCAUAGCAUCUUCGAUGUACGUUUUCCCACUGCUGACUAGCCUUACCUGGAUGGCGGUGACCAUGGCCGCUACUGGGUGUGGGAUCGCAGCCAACAUCACUCUCAACAGUCUCAUCAUGAUAAAAUACAUGGGCAUAGAAAACCUUCCUCCCCUCUUUGGUUCAUCUUGUCUUUUACUCGGAGGAACCUUCAUAGCGUUUGGACCUUUCAUCGGCUUUGUACGCGACAUGACUGAGAGUUAUACCUUCAGCAUAUGGCUCCUGGCAACCAUGGCGGCCUCCAGCUUUAUUCUAUGGUUCUUCAUGCCCGCCGCUGUGGCAUACGACGCCAAAAUGGAAGCCAAAAUGGAAAGAGAAAAAGAACGUGUUUGAUACUUCCUGAAUCUUGGAAGUUCGUUUUGUCACCAACUUUAAAGAACGGAGAUCAGAUUUGUUCCUUAUUUUGUGGAAAAUAGUGACGUAUCUUCGCUAUCUUGUAAAAUCUGAAUCUUGGUCUUUCAUUGUUUAGGAUUUUAUUAUAUAGUCAAUAUUUUUUUGUUAACACUCUGUAAACUCUUUCAUGAAAUUUUAAACAUUUUAUACUCUUCUUCAUUUUCGAAUAAGGAAAGCACUGAUUUCAUAUUAUAUUUUGAAAAAAAGGUUCUCAAUCAUUAACAGCAAGGGAUUAAUAAUAAAAAAAAAAUGUCGCAUGUCAUAUCAUUACUAUUACUAGUUCAUCUUUUCAUGUUAAUUUUGAUGACUCACGCGACCUCCGCAAAUUGUGCCAGCGUCAGAAUGAUUCCUGUAAUAAGCUGUCAUCGUUAUAAAAAAUAAAG